AACGUCAAACCAGAACGAUAAAUUGAUCGCCUUUUCGUUUAAUAUGUGUAUGUGAUGUUCUUUAUAUAGUCUGAACUUUUCCAAACAUGAAGAAUUCCCUAUUUUAUCACUUUUGCUACAGUGCUUUUUGGACACUGCAUACAAAUGCAUUUAAUCCGUUCAUGGACCAUGAUCUUCAUACAAUCGACUGGGUCGGGCCGAGCGAUCUGGACAAAAUUUCGCCAGGAGAAAAUGUAAUAGUGUUGAAAACAAAAGCCAACGAAAGGUAUAGCUGUGUUUUACCUGAGAGUGCGGAUGCAAUAGAGGAGGAGCUGAGGAAACACUAUGAUGGACCGAGUCCAGAUGCACUGAUUAGCAGUUUGUUUCAACAGAAUUCUUGUUCAUAUAGGAUUGAAAGUUACUGGACCUAUGAGUUAUGUCAUGGUAGAUAUCUACGGCAGUAUCAUGAAGAUAAGGAACUGAGUGCUAAAAAGCCUAAAGUACAAGAAUACUACCUUGGAUAUUUUGGGCAAUAUAGACCUUCAAAAGGCAAAGAUUUAACAAAAGAGUUAGAAGAGAAAUUGAAACCACAGGAAAUCAAAAGUAAAAGGAUAGAUGACAUAGAACUACCUUACUAUGAAGUGAACAUGACGGAGGGCACAGAAUGUGAUCUAAACCAGAAACCACGACAAGUACGAAUUCUGUACAUCUGUCAGCCUGAUGGACGAGGAGAAAUCUACGAGAUGAAGGAAACGUCUACCUGUGAAUAUGAAGUCCUGGUGCUGACAUCUGUUCUCUGUGCAAAUCCAAAGUUUAAACCAAAAAACCCACCUGUCAGUAAAAUAGCCUGUCAUGCGAUGGAUGGCUCACCUGUAAGACCCACUGGUCUGGACCAAGAGUUUCAGAUACAUCCCAAUGCUAAAGCAUACACUGUGCAGAUUCAUCCUGAGGAGGAAGAGGAGGAGCAGGAGGAGGAAGAAGAGGAGACAACUCCAGCAAGUCAACCUCCCAAAAAAGAGCCAGCCCCUCCCAAACCAGUAGACAACACUUUAACAUCUACCACAGACAACCAGGUUUUGCGGGACUUCCUGUCUGGAGAUCACUGUCUCCAAGGAGGAACUGGUUGGUGGAAACAUGAAUUUUGUUUUGGAAAGUAUGCAAGGCAGUUUCAUGAUGAUCCAGAGGGGAGAACAGUUAUAUACCUUGGACAGUGGCAUGAACUGAAACAUUUAGAAUGGGUUUCUAAAAAUCCAUCAAAAAUGCCAAAAGAUAAAGGCAAAAGAAAGUCAUUAUCCUUGCUAUACACUGGAGGUGAUCAGUGCGAUAUUACAGGGAAAAGAAGAUUAGCAGAAGUUAGAUUAAAAUGUGUAGAAAAUGCCCAAGCACCACACUCUGUCUCCAUUUAUUUAAUAGAACCCAAGACGUGUGAAUAUAUAAUGGGAAUUGAAUCUCCAUUAUUUUGUUCCAUAUUGGACAGAGCAGAUGAAUAUGGCAUUAUCAAAGACACAAAAGUGUAGCAAUAACUACAAGCAGAAAUGAAAUCCCUAGUCUUUCAUCUGAUAUCCAUGUUUGUGUGAAAUAGUGAGUUCCCCAAAUGAUAAAGAGUGAAAAAAAUUUACACAUGUCCAUUGUUUUUAAAAUCACAAAAAAAAUUGUAGUAUGUACCGGUACAUGUGAUUAAUAUUGGAGAAUGGUGCUUUUUAAAAUGCAUGUACAUAUACAUGUAGUGGUUAUCAAUAUUACCA